UGUCCAAGGCACCGUGUGGAACUUGGUCUCCGAGUGCCCUUGUGACCAGACUCUCUCUCGCCCUCUCUGUUUCCUCUCUUUUAUUAUCCCCUUUCCUCCCCGUCAGUCCCUAUGGAAAUUGGGGAGUAUCUGCAGAGUUGUGCCGGCCUGCUGCACGACCUGCUCAGGCCCGGGAGAUAACUGGGAAUAAACAGAAGAGAAGGAGGAAGAGGAAGAAUCAAGGGAGGAAGGCAAAACGUAACACAGCAGCCAAAAUGAAUAGCAAUCGGAUGGUGGUGGCUCAGCGAGGGGUUAUCCCGCCCCCAAAGCACUACGCAGAUUCAGCCUGGUUCAAGUAUAUUUUGUCGUGCUGUGCUGCAACCACAGCGGAGCUAGUCACAUAUCCACUGGACUUGGCCAAAACUCGACUCCAGAUCCAGGGGGAAAAAGGACUCAACAGCAAUGGCUUGCAACCUUACAGAGGCUUGGCAGGGACCGGUGUUGGAAUUAUACGAGAAGAGGGAGCACUAAAGUUAUGGCAAGGUAUUACUCCAGCUGUAUAUAGGCAUUUAAUAUAUUCUGGCACACGUAUGGUCCUUUAUGAGAAGGUACGAGAUCACCUCUUUACAACACGGCCUGAUGGCACAAGGCCAGUCUGGCAGGCCAUUGUGGGAGGUAUUUUAGUGGGAGGAAUUGCACAGUUCCUGGCCUCCCCUGCUGACCUGGUCAAAGUGCAGAUGCAGAUGGAGGGACGAAGAAGGCUGGAAGGCAAACCCCCACGAGUUCACUCAGCUGGGGAAGCCUUCAUCAAGAUCUAUCAAGCAGGUGGAAUGCGUGGGCUGUGGAAAGGUUGUAUGCCAAAUGUCUAUCGGUCAGCACUAGUCAACCUCGGUGAUCUGACCACCUACGACUCAGUCAAGAGAUACUUUGUGAACAGUUGGGGGUUGCCCGAUACAUAUUGGACCCAUGCUUUGUCAAGUACCUUAUCUGGCCUGGUGUCGGCCGUCUUGGGCUGCCCUGCCGACGUAGUUAAGGCCAGGAUAAUGAACCAGCCAACUGACAGUAAGUCCAGGGGUCUUUUAUAUCGAAAUUCAGCGGACUGCUUCUUGAAGACAGUCCGUAAUGAAGGAUUCUGGGCACUGUACAAGGGCUUUGUCCCCUGCUGGCUGCGCAUGGGUCCUUGGUCCCUCACCUUCUGGAUCACCUACGAACAGAUACGAAAUGCUUGCGGCACAUCAGCAUUCUAGAAAGUGCUGACAAUAAUGGGUGACAAAAAAAAUGAGAAAAUGGUAUACGUUUCCUUCGUGGAAACUUCACUCUUCAGACUUAGAAGAAGCUGGGCAACUUAGGAGUGGAAUUUCUUUUUUAUGAUAUUAUAUAUCUUGUUUUUUCUUUUUGUUAACUGCCCUUUGGUAUAAAUGUUAUUUUUUCUGUCUUUUCUUUUUUCUCCUGUUAAUAAAAACAUAUUUUGUACAUAGAGAAUAAAGAUACUAUAUUGUAAAAAAAAACUUAUGGGAUUGACAAAUAAUGUAAUUAUAAGGUUGUGUUUAAAAUCUUAGGCAAAGAAUGAUUCCCACAUGGUACCUUUACUUUUAGAGUAAGGAUGGUUUUAGUUGCAAAAUCCCACUUGCAGUAAGAGAAAGAGAUGAGCAGAUCACUCAAUUCACAACUGUGGAACGGAAGAAGGUAUGAUACAGGCCCGUGAAGAAAGUUGUCUAUUUUAUUAUAUCAUUGUGAGGAAAAACCACACCCUGUACAAGCUGAUUUUACUCAGCUUUAUUUUAACAGAACAGAGUGGUGAUCUGAGGACAAGAACUCCUGCCAGAAAAUAUAGGAUACCUUGUGAAUUAAAAGGAAAAAGAUUUAGUGAUCCUCAUAUUUGAUGUGCUCUGCUGUGAAGGCUUUUGUAAUGCGACCAUACUUGUGGACCACAUUAUAUCAGACUUGUUAUACGUAUAGUGUGGAAGUUCUGUGUUGAUUGUGUACCUUGUGUGGUGAUGGGAAGACAGGUUUACUUUAUAGCCUGGUGUUUUGUGAUGCAUUACCGUGGUACCUACAGUAUGUGUGUAGAUGAUGCACACAUUGUAGCAUAGCUAUGAAUAUGGUUCAGAUUAUAGGCAGCUAAAUCCUUUUGACUGCAUCAGUCAUUGUGAGCUUCAUACGACCAAGACUGGCAGAUUUAUAUGCUUCCCAGUUACCAGUCGCCCAGAGAUCAACCAUAGCUCAUGCAUGAAGUUACUGUAUACCCCAUGCCAUGUGUUAGUCACCCAAACAAUGCAAUUGAUUAGUCACUACCUAAGUUAACUAGUAUACUAGAUUUUUUUUUUUUUUCUCUCUCCCCUUUUUUUAUCAAUGUGUAAUUGAAAAAAAUGAAUUUUCUCAUAUAUUUCCCUUAAGCUUCUGUUGUAUCUGUAUGUACAUAUAAUUAUAUUUUUUCCUCCUUUAACUUGAAGCACAAACAGGAGGGUAGCCAUGCACCCUCAGCUUAUUACUAGGAGAUCGGAGAAUUGCAAGAAUUCAAAGAGGCUUCCAUAUACUGGUGUAACAAUUGCCAAAAGGGUUCUCGUUUCUUACUCUCCUGUCAAGAAAUGCGUCAUUUGUAUUAUGGUUUGAUUAUGAGAUGGGAGGAAAUAAUCACUUUUUCUCUUGUUGAUAACUCAAGUGUCUCUCAGGUGCCACUAUGAAUAUAUAUAUAUAUAUAUUUCUUUUUUCUGUAAUUACCACCCAAGAAAAUGAUAGAAUACUAUAUGAGCUUCCCAGUAAGAAUUAGAAGUUCCAGAUCAUCAGAUUGUAUUUUUUUACUUUUUUACAUAGGGAAAAGUAUCCUCCAAGUUCAGUACAGAGAUGAAUAAAUGAAAGCAUGUAACUUGCUGACACAGAUAAAGUAGGCUACAUGUAUUUAAAA